CAGUUCAUCUUGUGGUUUGGUUCAUAUUUGGGUUUCGUUUCGCAGUAAUAAAUGUUUAUAAAAUAAAUAGUGUAGUACAUUAAACACAGGAAGCAAACCAGCCUAUACCAAGCAACUACAAUGUUUAAGCUCAAUGGAUCGAGUAACUACUUCAUAGUCUUGGACAUGACAGAAAAUACGUGCUCAGAUCAGUCCUUGUUGUGCUGCCGCGCCUGCCUGUCCACCGACGGCAGAUUGUACAAUAUCCAUGAGUAUAAACUUGCUGACGCUUUCUCUGCCAUCGCUGGGGCUCCUGUGAUCCAGGACAAGCUUCCUCAAUAUCUGUGCUCACACUGCCGCACUCUGCUGAUGAAAUGUGUCUCGUUCAGGAAGAUGUGUGUCCGAACACAACAACGGCUCAUGCCAGAGUUGCUGAGGGGACAGUUAAAUACAGAUUACAUUCGCGGUAUAAAUCAGCUUUCACACCAAUUCAUUAGUUUAACCAUAACUGAAGUUGAAACUAUUGACUACAUCCCUGAAGACACAAACGUUAUGCGUGCACCAGAAAAUUAUAUAAAAAUAAUGGAUACCCUAACACAAGGCACAAACCUAAACACAUCACUAGCAGAAGACAUAAAAGAUGAACCUAACAUAGAUAUAGUUGACAUAAAUAAUAUUUUAAACAAAACUAAUGAAAUUAUAGAAUUUGAUAUUGAAAUGUAUGAAGAAAGUAAUCAUAAUGGAAUAGAUGUCAUACCGUUAAAAGAUGAAAAUGGAUUAAAAAGUAAAAAUAAAAAUAUAGAACUACAAAACGAUGGAAUUGGAACCAAAUGUAAGAUAGAAAAGGAGAGUGAAAAUGGUGAUGUAAUUAGUGUUAGUAGAAUCAAAUCAGAUAUGGAUGGAGGUAUUGUUAAUGAAAAUGAAGACAUAGGUGAUGUUAGUCCUAAAAAUGAACCAAACUUAGGAAUUGGAGAUAGCUAUAUUGAGAAUAUAAAUGAUGUCGGUAGUAUAAAGAAUGUUAAAAAUUCAUUAAAAAAGCGAAAAGGAAAUGUUGGUAGUAUACAAAACGCUAACAAUUCAGUAAAAAAGCGAAAACGAAAUAAAAAAGAGGAGAAAAAAACGGAAUGUAAUCUAAAUGAAAAAAAUAUAGGUCGCAAACCGUCUCUCACAAGGAAAAGAAUAAAAAAUGAAAACGAAGAAAUGAGAAAGAAUAAGAUUUUUGAAAGUGAUUAUUCAGUGCAAAUUGUUAUUUUGAGCAAGGAAGAGCAGUUGGCAGAGUUCGCAGCGCGCCGGGAGAGCAGGAACUACCUGGAGUCGCAGUUCAAGUGCGAGGAGUGUUAUAAAGGGUUCGGGAUGAAGCCAGCUUAUGAGAACCACAUGCAGCGGCAUAGUGCUAGCAUUGGUCCGUACUCGUGCGAGAUCUGCCGGAUGCGCUUCCCGAGGAACUGCAGGAGGAAUCAGCACCAGGAGUUGCAUCGGAUGAAGGUGCUCUGCACGCUGUGCGACUUCGUCUCUAGGACCAAGUCCCAGGCGAUGCUGCACCACGGCCUGCACGCGGGCCGCACCUACGAGUGCCAGCACUGUGGCAAGAGCUUCAAUAAGAGUACAUCCUACCUGUCACACAUGCGCAUCAUGCACCCCGAGGCCAACGUGGCCUGCGACGAGUGCGGCGAGGUGUUCGUCGGUCACCACGGCCUCAGAAUGCACAAGGCGAAAACGCAUGCCAAGAAAAUCAAGUGCGAAGUAUGCUCAGCGAUGUUUGUGAGCUUAGCCGCUCUGGACAGACAUACGGACACGGCCGGCGAGCAUGAAGGCCUGCGGCCGUGCGAGCAGUGCGGCGAGAACUGUGCGAGCGAGGAGGCGCUACACAAGCAUGCGGGGGACGCACAUCCGACCGUGUCAACUCGAUGUGAUGAGUGCUCGAUAUGGUUCCCGACCCGUGAAGCGUACACGACCCACGUGUCGCGCUCGCAUCUCCAACAGAAGAAACCCGACCCACGACCGGAAGGAUACCGAUGGCCCAAGCGGGGACCCUUCGUGAAGAAAGAGGUUAUGUGUGAGCAGUGCGGAUAUAAAGUGCCGUUCCCAUCAAUGCUGAAAAUACACCAACGCAAACAUCAGGGGCUAAAACCAUAUGCCUGCAAUGACUGCUCGAAGGCCUUCACUACAAAAUACAGUUUAAUUAGUCAUAUCCGCUUGCACACGGGUGAGAAACCUUACAAGUGUAAGCGCUGUCCGAGCGCCUUCACCGUGCUGGGUAACCUCAAACGACACCAUAAGACAGUACACCUGGGCGUCCACGGCUGCUUCUCGUGCAGCAUCUGUGGCAGCACGGUCACGACCAAGGCUUCUCUACGCAUGCACGUUCAGACGAAACACGGCGGUCGAAGCUGGCCUAGAAGCCGCAAGCGUCAACAGACACAGAAUAUAAAACAGAAAUAAA